CUCUCCCCCGCGCCGCCUGACGGCCCCGGCCCUCGCUUCACCCCGACGCCCCGGCGUGCGCGUCCUCCCGCCGGCCUGCAGGCCCGGGGCCUCCGCCUGCUUCCCCGCCGCUGCUCCUCGCGGCCCCGUCUCGCGUUCACGCUGUCGCCCGGGCCGGCGCGGCCGCGGGCAACCGCUCCCCCUCCCACACCUACCCCGCCCCCUCCCCGCCUUUUCCGCCCUCCCGUCCCCCUCCCUCGGCCCGCCGCCGCUGCUCCAGAUGAGGUGAUGGCAACGGCCAACUUCGGCAAGAUACAGAUCGGGAUUUACGUGGAGAUCAAGCGGAGCGAUGGCCGAAUACAUCAAGCAAUGGUAACAUCUUUAAAUGAAGAUAAUGAAAGUGUAACUGUUGAAUGGAUAGAAAAUGGAGAUACAAAAGGCAAAGAGAUUGAUCUCGAGAGCAUCUUUUCACUUAACCCUGACCUUGUACCUGAUGAAGAAAUUGAACCCAGUCCAGAAACACCUCCACCUCCAGCAUCCUCAGCCAAAGUAAACAAAAUUGUAAAGAAUCGACGGACUGUGGCUUCUAUUAAGAAUGACCCUCCUCCAAGAGAUAACAGAGUGGUUGGUUCUGCACGUGCACGGCCUAGUCAGCUUCCUGAGCAGUCUUCCUCCGCACAACAGAAUGGUAGUGUUUCAGAUAUAUCUCCAGUUCAAGCUGCAAAAAAGGAAUUUGGACCCCCUUCACGUAGAAAAUCUAAUUGUGUGAAAGAAGUAGAAAAAUUACAAGAAAAACGAGAAAAAAGGAGACUACAGCAGCAAGAACUUAGAGAAAAAAGAGCCCAGGAUGUUGAUGCUACAAACCCAAAUUAUGAAAUUAUGUGUAUGAUCAGAGAUUUUAGAGGAAGUUUGGAUUAUAGACCAUUAACAACAGCAGAUCCUAUUGAUGAACAUAGAAUAUGUGUUUGUGUAAGAAAACGACCACUCAAUAAAAAAGAAACUCAAAUGAAAGAUCUUGAUGUAAUCACAAUCCCUAGUAAAGAUGUUGUGAUGGUACAUGAACCAAAACAAAAAGUAGAUUUAACAAGGUACCUAGAAAACCAAACAUUUCGUUUUGAUUAUGCCUUUGAUGACUCAGCUCCUAAUGAAAUGGUUUACAGGUUUACAGCUAGACCACUAGUUGAAACUAUAUUCGAAAGGGGAAUGGCUACAUGCUUUGCUUAUGGGCAGACUGGAAGUGGAAAAACUCAUACUAUGGGAGGUGACUUUUCAGGAAAGAACCAAGAUUGUUCUAAAGGAAUUUAUGCGUUAGCAGCUCGAGAUGUCUUUUUAAUGUUAAAGAAGCCAAACUAUAAGAAAUUAGAACUUCAAGUAUAUGCAACCUUUUUUGAAAUUUACAGUGGAAAGGUGUUUGACUUGCUAAACAGGAAAACAAAAUUAAGAGUGCUGGAAGAUGGAAAACAGCAGGUUCAAGUGGUGGGAUUACAGGAACGGGAAGUCAAAUGUGUUGAAGACGUACUGAAACUUAUUGACAUAGGCAAUAGUUGCAGGACAUCCGGUCAAACAUCUGCAAAUGCACAUUCAUCUCGGAGCCAUGCAGUGUUUCAGAUCAUUCUUAGAAGGAAAGGAAAACUACAUGGCAAAUUUUCUCUCAUUGACUUGGCUGGAAAUGAACGAGGAGCUGAUACUUCCAGUGCAGACAGGCAAACCAGGCUUGAAGGUGCUGAAAUUAAUAAAAGCCUUUUAGCACUCAAGGAGUGCAUCAGAGCCUUAGGUAGAAAUAAACCUCAUACUCCUUUCAGAGCAAGUAAACUCACUCAGGUGUUAAGAGAUUCAUUCAUAGGUGAAAAUUCUCGUACCUGCAUGGUAAGUUUAUUGUUUGUUUUGUUUUAAUUCUGAAUAAUGAAU